CAACAAUUGUCUAAAAUCGCUGGAAAAUCGCAAUUUGGGUGACAAAUAAAAAGGGAAACGAAAUUGCGAAAUUAAGAAUGUGCAUAUAUUUCUAAGAAUAUGCAUAAUUACAAAAACCCACAGCCAAUGACACAAAGAUACAUUGAGGAAGACGACCGCGAAAACAACGAUAACGACAACGAUUGCGUCCCUUGCCGCGGAGGCCCCUUUGCAAGCAGAUCCAUCAAAAUGAGCAUUCGCACUCGUGCCCUAGUCUUCUCCACAUUCUUUGGCAGUUGCCUGGCCAUCGGACUAUUGCUGGCCAGCAUGACGACCAAUCACUGGGUGCGUGCGUAUCCACGACGCGGCAACUCGACGGAAGCGAAGGGGGAUGUUAACUUUGGAUUGUUCUAUGGCAAUCAGAAUUUAAAUCCUGGAUUUGGUGUGCGCACUUAUCCGGUUGAUGUUUACUCCUUCAUUCGCACCGAGCACGGUGACACCAGCUUCUGGCUAUGGCUGCUCACCACACUUGGCACUGGAUUUGGAUUGUUGGCGUGUGCCGUUGCUGCCAUAGCUGCUGUGCUCAAGUCGGCUUCGGCUGCUAAGAAAAACGGCACCAUGGUGCUCCUGUUGGCGGCCAACGUCUCAGCUGCGGGCGCUCAGGUGGUUGCAUUUUUGGCCUGGCUGGUGCAGUUCUAUCAGUAUCUCAUCCACAAUGUACUCAUAGCCGAGCAUCAGCAACAGCAUUGGUACAGCACCGGGCUCGCCUAUCUUGGCUACAGUUUCUACCUGGUUGUUAUUUCCACAAUUGUGAUCCUCAUCAACAUAACAAUUCUGCUAUAUGCCAAACGACGUGAGCAUCGCGAUCGCCAUCGUAUGGAGCCCCUAAGCAAAGAUAAGAAUACGGCGGCAAUCAUGCUCUACUAGGCGGAGAGAAAAGAAGUAUAACCCUAAUGUAACCUCAAAUUAAAAUGUUCGGUCAAGCGAUGCGGACACCACGAAAUCUCAGCGGCCCAAUGGUUUGUGCCUUACUUAAAAGAUGCCCCUGCCUGCCACAUAAUAAUUAUCGAAUACCAAUCUGUAUCUACAAGUUAUUAUUACUUUUAUUCUUCUGGUAGUUUAUAAGUCGGCAUAACUAUACAUAUACAUAUCCUUAUGAUGUUGAUCAAGUCUGAUACGCAUUUCGAUUGCACAAAGACACUUGAUGAAAGCAACGCACGAUACAAAUUAUACAAUUUACUCUAUGCAUUUUUAUACUCGAAUGAACUUUAUAUACUCGUUUUAUAUACAUUUUGAUGAGCAUACAAAUAAAACAAACAGUCAUUAUUAAGAUAUAAA